GUCUCUGGCCGCGCUUGUCCUCCCCGUGGUGCGACCUGAGCCGUCUCCCUUAAGGCUUUCCCCGCAACGGGCAGAGAGCCUCUGCCGCCUGGGUACCCCUAUCCUGCUCGGUGGCGCCCCACAUCUCCCCCACCCCCGGGGCCCUUCCUGCAUUUCCUCGACGGUGCGUGGAUUCGGGAGACUUUCUGUUUGUUUUCUCCUCUUUCCUCUUUGUUGCUCUAAAACCGGCCUCUCCGAAGCCCCUCACUCCGAAGGGAGCUCGACUUCUGGAGAAAGGCGGCUGCGGCGGACUCACCGGCCCCACCUGCGGACCGGCGAGGGCCAGCGAGCCGGUGCGCCCUCCCGCCUGCCUCCCCCGCCGCCUGCGUUCGUCCGUUCGUCCGCCUGGGAAGCCCGCCGCGCGUUCAUUGAUGCACCCAUUCCAGUGGUGUAACGGGUGUUUCUGCGGCCUGGGACUGGUUAGUACUAACAAGUCCUGCUCAAUGCCACCCAUCAGUUUCCAAGACCUUCCUCUGAACAUCUACAUGGUCAUCUUUGGUACAGGCAUCUUUGUCUUCAUGCUCAGCCUCAUCUUCUGCUGUUACUUCAUCAGCAAACUGCGGAACCAGGCACAGAGUGAACGAUAUGGAUAUAAGGAGGUGGUGCUUAAAGGGGAUGCCAAGAAGUCACAAUUAUAUGGGAUGUUUCCCAAGCCCUCUUCUAGAAGAGUAAUUCAGUUGAGAUUGAGGGGAUUCAUAUAUAUGGACAGAAGGCUGGAUUUAAAGAAGCAGACCUGUGCAGUCUGUCUGGAAGACUUCAAGGGGAAGGAUGAGCUAGGUGUGCUCCCAUGCCAGCAUGCUUUUCAUCGGAAGUGUCUGGUGAAGUGGCUAGAAGUACGCUGCGUCUGCCCCAUGUGUAACAAGCCCAUUGCUGGCCCCUCCGAGGCCACUCAGAGCAUCGGAAUCCUAUUGGAUGAGCUGGUGUGAGGGCUGCCUUUACAUCAAGGCCUGGAGAAGACGUCUUGCCUCAUGGGUGCCUGGUCCCUCUGCACAGCUGCAGUGAACAAGACUGUUGGGUGAUAAUGGUCAUGCCUACCUGAAGGGGAGGUAGUUCAGGGCUGGUCUCCCACCAUCAGUGAGAAGCCAGACUUGCCCCUCCUUCCUGCCUCCUGAAGUCUUCUUCUCUGCUACUCAGUACUGAAAGCAUCGCCCAUCAAGACCAUUGUAUCCUGGUACUGGAUGAUUUCCCUGCCUGACCCUGCUCUGGGGGAAGAAUCACCCUUGAAGCAUACAGUAGAGAUAGAGACCGUAUGACCACAAAGCCCUAGAAGGGAUGAGAUGGGCUCUGUCCUCCCUUGUCCCCCACUCCUUCCAUCAGAAGGUUAGAAGGGAAGGAAGAAAAGAUCAAGGAACCAAGUGCCUCCAGUGGAAGUGAGGGAGGCUCUGUAGGAAAUUAGGAAGAGCAGGGACAUAUCAAAGCAAAGUCAAUGUUUACAUGGGACUUAUGGGAACAAAGGCUGGCUGGCCAGCCUGGCUACAGGGUGACGGAGGGCCAUCCCUCCCCCUGCUAGGGUCUGCGGUGCUAUCCAUUCGCUCUCUUCCUCCGUCAAUCUCGGAGCUUCCUAGUCCACGUUGGAGUCUGAGUGCCCCUCCAGAGGAAGGGCUUGUUCUACACUCACACAGAUUUCCAGGGGCUUUUUCUAAAGGAGCAAAGGGGGCCUGGGGAGGGGGGUAUCUGAAGGUGAAGGUAGCAACAGACACCUCCUUCCCCUUGUAAAUAGUAUUUUUAUACUUCAUCCUCACCAUCUCAGGAUUUAUAUAUGGA